AUGCCGCGCGCCAUCAUAGAGUCUACGCCUGAGGAUGAAUCUACACCCGAAUCUAGAGCCGGUCCUAGUCAGUCUCGUGGCGCAGCACAGGACGUAGAAAGUGAAGAGGACAUGGAUAUUGAUGCCGAAGGCGAAGAUGAUGAAGAUGCUGAGGGAGAGCUGGAUGGCGAGUUUGACGACGAGCAGAACGAUGUAGAUGCCGCCUACGACGUAUCGGACGCUGCUGAGGAUACACCACCGCCGGCUCUGGCUCACAAGGGCAAGAAGCCUGUUGCAAAGAGUAGUGGACUCAAGAUUACACUGAAACCUCCGGCGCCACAACCCCAGAAAUCGCCACGGACGCGUCGCAAUACCCGCAUUAUCGAGAGUCCACUGGAAGGCUCCGAACCACCGUCUCGUGAUAUCGAAUCCGAGGAUGAAGACGCCGAAGGGGAAGACGACGAGGAAGAAGACGAUUCGGAGGUCUUGCCUGGACAGAGCUCCCGUCAGCUUACUGCACGCCAGGCCGCAUUGGCCAGCGCGGGGGAGACGCAACUUGUUUCUCUUGAAUCUGCUUCUGGACGCAAGAAGAAGCAACUCAAUGAAGUCGAAGAGGCUCUGAAGCGAGAGGAGACUGCACGCAAGCGCAAGCAUAUGAGCGAGAAGAGGCUGGAGGACGAGAAGAUGGACACCAUCAACAGACUUCUGAAGAAGCAGUCUCGUCCAAGAAAUAAGCGCAAUGCACUUGCGACGGCGGAUGAUCGCACACCGCUUUCGCAGACAAACGCCGGUACGCCUGAUGUCGAAGAGGAAGGCAGUAUGUCUGCGCCUCCUCGACCAGUUGAGGUACCCACAAUGUACCGGUGGAUAUCUACUUCCCGCCCAGCGGCCAUGCCAAUACCUGAAGCUGGCGUCCCUGCUGCUGCCAUACCGGCGUCAGCUGUCGACGAGCCUCCUGCGCAUCCCGCUACCGGGCCGGUGAUGGUCCUAUCCUUCUCUGUACCUGUCAAUGCUCUUCCUACCGCUCAAUCCGCGCCCAGUGCCCCCAUAUCUACAGGAAUGGACGUCGAUGCUCCGUCGCGGAAGAUGACACCGCACUGUGUCGCGCCAGGAUGUCAAUUGACGUCCAAAUAUCGACUGAAGAGUAAUUGGACUCAGGGCGUCUGUGGCAUCCAGCACUUGAAGCUGGUCGAGCAGUCUACCAACGCGUAG